GACUGUAGGUCGUCUGACGCGUUCAAAAGAGCAUUUGCUCAUCUCAGGUUUGGUUUGUCAGGUUCCUUGAACCUGAAAUUUGUGGUAUCAUCAGUAGUUGUCUUGUGUUUUUGUUAUUAGACGUAGGUCUAUCUCAUUCCUUUUAUAGAGUUGUUGGCUAUUUCCCUGUCAUGUAAUUCCUUAUCUACGAUUUCCAUACGCGGUACUGGGUAAACAGCACAUAGUAUACUCACUCUAUCAGGACAUUGUGUUGUUUCGAGCUACAGAAAAUCUCCUUCGUGUUCUUAUCACGUUGAAGGAUUUGUUCCCAAGGCGAUAACAACCGUGUAAUAAAAAAGGACAUCACAAUAGGUUGGCAAGUAUGUGACGUAACGGUAGUGGGUCUUACUGCGGAUCAGAAGACCUGGCAAUGGAGUCAAAAUGGGCUCAUCAGUCUCCUAAAGUGGGACGGGUUUUUUCAUGAGGCUGGGAUCGUAGUAACGCUGGCUGUGUUCUAACCACAGUCUGGUCGAUGCACAAUGUUAGUCUGUUGUAGAUGGGAGGUAUAUAGCUCUUCAGUCGGGCUUGUUAGUUUUUAGUGUCUAUCUCACCUCGAGUAAUUUGUGUUCCGUUGUUUACGUAUUUGAGAUUUAUUUAGUGUACAGUACCCAUCCCGUUGUAUGAUAAGCUCAAAUAACUGCAAUAUUAAGAGGUUGAAUACGAAGUUCUAUGUUUUAUACACAUGGAUUCAUCAGACCAUAUACAGAGCGCAAAUCGUCUGUAGACAGUGGCAUGCACAUGUGGUGUAUGCUAUGAUGGGUUUGCUAAUACAAAGACCAAUUGUGUAACGUGUUUAAUGAAUUAAGCUAAGUCAAUCGUACGAUACCCAUAUUAAUCCUAAUGUCAGGAUUUAACACACAUUUUUCUGAACCUAACUAGUCGUACAUACCUGACGUACCACCUUUUUACAGACUCCCGAGUGUCAGUUGUCAGAAUGGAUUUUGGUUUAUGACUUCUGUUUUCUGCCUAGUACACUAUAGAUCCCAAGGUUGCUCCUUUCAUUUGUUGUAGACCGCAUAAGAUAGUUUCUAUUUAUUUUUAUUAUAUUUAAACAUAGGAAUAUGGGUACAAAGAGGCACCAGAUAUAUAUGCGCCUCACAAAUCUCAUUUGAUUUGUGUGAGGGCUAUGAUACUGCCCAGAUGCCCAAACUGAAACAGAUGGUUUUCUUAGGGGGCCACACCCCAAGCCUUUGACCUGAAGGUCUAGUCCACAAGGCAGUGGAGCAUCGUAAGGAGAUGCAGUCCCAUGGUAGCCGGUGACCAAUAAUAGGUUCAUACGCCAUUCGUUCCAUCAGGAUACUGGAGCCCAUGUGCACCAUUGGUUUGGAAUCAGGGUUUUCCAACUCCCCUAGGUGAACACUCCACAUCCACCAACCCGGUUAAAGCGCCGGACAUUCGCCUUUCGUCCUCUCACUUUCGUGAACAACACCCCCGCCAAGAGAAGGCAGUGAGUAGGACUUCCCUGGCAGAGGCUAUAUAUUCGCAUGGCCGUGUGAGAGCAUUUCGAGAGGGAGAGUGGACUAUCCCCACUCUCGGCUGUACCAGGGCAUUUGUGGGCAAGAUAGUUUCUAGUCUUUUUCGUCUAUAGGUACUAUUGUUGGCGCUCUUGCUCGCUAUUAACUUUUGUUGGUCUCAUUAUCACUAAACGAGUAUUUGGUGUUCACUGAAUUUACUUGCGUUGGUUCUUGUUACUCAUAUGAUGCUGGCUUGAUAUAGGGCGACCUUCAGCUUUUAAUUACUACGUAAACAACCGCAUAUCAACUGGUUGAAAGCGUUUUCUCUAAAACUAGCCAUUAUAGCUUGUAAUUUCAGAAUCCUACUUCGCGGGUCGAUUACUGACUACUUAUCUUUUAUUCAUAUAGUUGUUUAAAAUAUACUUACUAAGUUUUAGACCUACGUUUUUUCUUUUCUCAGACCCUUUGUUGCGCCGUUUGACCUGGCAGACUGGAAUCCCACGCAAGAUUAUCCCUUCACUUUUUUACCAAGCAAAACUCGUUAACCUGUUGAAACAGUUCUUUCAGCAUGUUUUUGAGGCUAGAGAGUUUAGGUCUUAUUUUCUUGAUACUCAAUAUCUCGUGGUCGGUAGAUCGUGCUAAUUUUAAAACAUGUGAUCAAAGCUCGUAAGUUAAACAAUUUUAUAGUUUACUUAUAUUACAGGUUCUGUACUCGACAACGACAAAUAAAACCAGGGGAACUUGCGCACUGGUUAGAACCAAGUUCUGUCAAGAUAAACCCAUAUGGAAUGACUGCAGUUAUUUACACUGGAGAUCUAAACCAUUCUCUGUCACUGGAUGUUACCUAUAAUCAACACUCAAUCUUCCAUGUACUCAUUAAUGAAUUGACAGAUGAGUAUAGAAGGUUUCGUGUACCUACAGGAGACGUUUUGCUAAGCGUUCAAAAGGCCCCUGUCAGGUCUGUAUUUGCUGAGAAUAGUUUAGUGUUGGAUGGACAGUCUGGACACAAGGCAGUCGUGUAUUAUAACCCUUUUCAUAUCGAUUUUUUGCUGAAUGAUGUUGUUGUAGCAUCAGCAAAUAAGAGAAGCCUUUUAAAUUUUGAACAUCAGAGGAAAAAGCCUAUUAUCGGUAAAGAUUCAGUAUCUCAAAAUGACAAUCAUACGCUACCAAGUGAAAAUCAUGAGGUUGAUAUUUCUACUGUAAAAAGUUCCGAAGAUUCUUCAGGAAAUACAGAUGUAUCAAAAGACUCUACUACCGAUGAGGACAAGGAAAAUGAAAAACAAGAUCAUGUAGGUACAGAGCACUCAGCUCCUGAAGACCAGUCAUGGUCAGAAUAUUUCAAGGAACAUCUUGACACAAGACCUCACGGCUUAAACUCCAUCUCAAUGGAUUUCGAUUUUCAGGGAUUUAGUCAUGUCUAUGGGAUCCCAGAACAUGCCGAUGGAUUCGUCUUGAAAUCUACAAGUGACGGCGACCCUUAUAGACUCUAUAACCUUGAUGUAUUUGAAUAUGAGGUCUAUAACAAAAUGGCCUUAUAUGGUUCCGUCCCUGUUAUGUGGGGGCACAAUCAAAACAAUACUGUAGGUGUCUUGUGGCUUAAUCCGUCGGAAACAUGGAUCGAUAUUGAUUACUCAGACUCAAAAAACAGCGGAAUAUUUUCCGGCUUCUUCUCGAAAAAACCAGAGAAAUCUUCAGUACAAACGAGGUGGAUGUCUGAGUCCGGCUUAGUGGAUUUGUAUGUGUUUGUGAGUAGUACUCCAUCUGAUGCAAUGCGUUCUUAUGCUAGUGUGGUAGGUACCACCAAGUUACCACCCCUGUUUGCAAUUGGUUAUCAUCAGUGUAGAUGGAACUACAAUGAUGAAGCUGAUUUACUUUCUGUAGACAAACAUUUUGAUGAAUACGAAAUGCCUGUUGAUGUUCUGUGGUUAGACAUUGAACACACUGAUGGUAAACGUUAUUUUACUUGGGAUAGAACCAAAUUUCCAAAUCCAAAAGAAAUGGUUGAUAAACUGAACGCUAAAGGUCGAAAGCUCGUUACUGUUGUUGAUCCUCAUAUUAAACGUGACCCGAAUUGGCCUUUAUUCAGUAAUUCCCAAAAUAAUGAGAUUUUCGUCAAAACUAGAGAUGGGACCGAAUUUGAUGGUUGGUGUUGGCCUGGAUCUAGUGCGUGGCCUGAUUUCACUGAUAAAUCUGUUCAGCAGUGGUGGUCAAAUCUAUUCCUUACUUAUGAGCCUGUUUGCAAAGAUUCCAUGUUUACCUGGAAUGAUAUGGGUGAACCAUCAGUUUUUAAUGGCCCUGAAGUUACUAUGCAUAAAGAUGCCAAGCAUGCAGGUGAUUGGGAGCAUCGUGAUAUACAUAACUUAUAUGGGUUAUACGUGCAUAAGUCAACUUGGGAUGGACUCAUGUUGAGGUCGAACGGCGUAGAACGUCCUUUUGUGUUAACCCGUGCGUUUUUUGUUGGUUCACAACAGACAGCAGCUGUUUGGACCGGAGACAAUACUGCUGAUUGGUCACACUUAAAGGUUUCAACUUCUAUGCUUCUCAGCAUAUCGAUCGUGGGGAUAACUCUAUGUGGAGCUGACGUGGGAGGUUUUUUCGGCAAUCCAGAUUCUGAGUUAUUGACAAGAUGGUAUCAGGCGGCUGCUUAUCAACCAUUCUUCAGAGCUCAUGCACACAUAGAUAGCAAACGUCGUGAACCUUGGUUAGUGGCCUCGGAAUAUAUUGAUCCCAUUCGAAAAGCAAUACAAGCUCGCUAUCAUUUACUUCCAUAUUGGUAUACAUUAUUUGCUCGUUCGGAGGCGAACGGUCAACCAGUUAUGGCACCAAUGUGGUUUCAUUUUCCUAAAGAUGUGAAUACGUUUGAUUUGGAUGAUCAAUAUAUGGUUGGAGAAGCUGUGCUUGUGCGUCCUGUAACUGAUCAAGGUGCUAGCUCUGUGCAAUUAUAUUUUCCAAAGGGAACAUGGUAUCAUUAUCCAUCACUUGAGGUAUUUGCUGGUGGACAGUGGACACAGUAUCCAGUAACAAUAAAUUCCAUACCUGUAUUUUAUCGAGGCGGUUGGAUCAUACCACGAAAAGAGCGUAUACGUCGUUCGUCAUGGCUUAUGCGUGGUGAUCCCUAUACGUUUGUUGUUUUUUUGGACCCUCAGGAGCCUGAUGCUGUUGGUUAUAUAUACAUAGAUGAUUUCCAUUCAACUUCUAAAUCAAAUGCCCAGUUUUUCAAAAUUAUUUACCAACGAGUUGUCGACCCAACGGGUGCAGGUGUGCAUGGUGGACGAUUGCGCUUACAACGUUUACCAUUACCAGGUGAUACUUCCAUAGUACUACCUAAAGAUGAUGUUUUAAUACCGAAAAUUGAACGUUUUGUUAUUGUUGGGUUCAAUAGUCCCUUGGAAAGGGUUACUGUGAUCGAUGCCCAUAAACCACGAAGAAAUUUAGGGUUUUCCGUUACUCCGUCCUCUGUUUUUUCUGCUGGUUUCAAACACACACCAUCCAUUGUUGUUGUUCGUAAACCUGAUCUUUCUUUAAAUGAUGAGUGGGAAGUGCAUUUUGUCACAGGUAAAGAAUCCAGGGAUGAUUUAUAAAUGAUAGUUAACAUCAGUUCCAUUUGUUCAACAUGGUACUCUCAUGUGUAUAUGAUUUGGCUUCAAGUUAUCUUAUUUUCUAAAAUACUUGCUCAGUUUUAAUUUUUACAUCAUUUUUCUCCAUCUCUUCAAAUGUAAUGUGUACUCUUGCUUGUCUGUUUGUCUUCUUUUCACUCUUCAUGUCUUCGUCUCGGAUUUUUCUUAUUUUCUCAUUCUCAGUUCCCUUUUUUUAUUUUGUCAUUGUUCUGUGUUUGAGUGUAAACAAAGGAUUUUUCAUUGCUUUUAAAUACGUUUUUAUUUUAAAAAGUAAAUUUGUUUAGUUAAGACAGAAACUUCUUUAAAAUUUAUAAUUGGAUCGUCAAAAGACUUAAAUUUAUAUUUAUAUAAAUGGUUUAGCUAUUUACCUCAAGACAUUAUUGUAAAAUAUACUCAUUUGUCUAAACUCUGUGAUUAAAAAUGUUAAGU